ACGCCGCUCGUUCCCUCUCUCCGCUCCGCCCUCUUCCUCUUCGCCGCCAGUCCAUCCGAGUACACAUGUGAUCGCGACACCAUCGCUGGCCGAUACCUCGCGACGCACCUGCCGCUGAACGAUCCCCGACGCGCCAAGCCUGCGACCGCGACGCGACACGGACGACACGCCGCCGUAUUCAGGACCGAGCACGAGGCGAAGCAGCAUGGACGUCCAGGCAAGAGACAUUGCGGACAGUGUCGCCAGCGUCAAAAACACCUUGUCCAGUUGGGACGGGUGCAUGUCCAAGGCCUACUGCAAGUGGCCCGUCAUCAUCGGCAUCGUUGUCGGCGGCCUCAUCGUCCUCUCUAUUGUUCUAUGCAUUGCGCGAUGUCUAUGCUGCGGCGUGGAGUGCUGCUGCGCAUGCUGCUCGUGCUUUAAUCGAUGUUGCCCAUCGCCCCGGGGGCGAGGAGAGAGAGGAUAUGAACAGGCGCCGCCAACACCGUAUCAGAAUCAGUAUCAGCCUCAUCCUCCCAUGCACAAUCCUUACUUCGCCAGCGGCGGCGCAGGCUAUCGAGGCAAUCCGAGUUUCGCGCAGACCGCUACCUUUGAAUCGUCCAGCCAGAAGGUCCACGAAGAUUCGCUACCUGAGAUGCCGAGCUGGAAGAACGCCAGCAGCCGGCGGAUUGAACAUCACGACGACGAUGUGGAAUUGGAAAAGAUGGAGAAGCCAGAGCCUCGAGUCGUAACAUCUCCCGUCAAGACUCAAGCUCAGACUGAGCGACUGUUGAACCAGAACCCCAGAUAUAAUACAGGGCAGGAGUCGCUGUCAACUUCCACCUUGGCCGGCUACCGCGGACAGGAGGUAGGUUCGACUGCGAGUUUGGGCUAUGAGGGUGGUAUUCAAGGGCAGUCGCAUCCACACGACUUCGUCUCGACUGGAGCCAUGGGAGCCAUGAGCGCCAGCCACGCAAACAUGCAUGCGCAACCAUAUCACGAUUACGAUCAGCAGCGUCAGCAGACUACAAGCCCAUAUAGCAGCCAGCGUGGUGCUGCAGGCUACUAUCCCGACGCUCGGGCACACGAAGACUCGCCUUAUGGCACACAGAACUCCUACAAUAAUGUUUCAGAGCCUUUCCAGGCCUCUGGCUAUGAUCGAAACCCAACCGCGCCGGCAGCGUACCAAAGCCCGCUCCAUACCGAACGGCAAGCAUCUCCAGUAUCCUACCCGCCUCAGGCGAACAAUUACUAUUCUCCAGCGCAGGCGCAGGCGCCUGGCUACUCGCAGUCUUAUACAUCGCCGACAAAUGAGUACCAUUCAGGAACUCAGGCGCAAACCGCUAGCUAUGCGCAACCCAAGCUUUAUGAGACCAACACAGCUCCGCCCUCGUAUAGGUCGGAAGUCGCUAGCCCCACGAGCCCUCCGGAUGCACUGACUCCUGGCGGAGGCAUUGGAAGAAAGCCCGUACAUGGCAAUUGGCGGGAGGUAUAGACGGGGAAUGUCGAGCUUCUCGAUGACAAACUAAAGCUUCAGAGCGGACUCAUACAAUCCUCCUGAUGCAUUGACGUGGGCCCAAGCAGCUUUGAGGAGCGGGACUUACGACUGUCUCUACUUCAGAUGCAACCGACUGGCUACGGUAUGAUUUAUCAUUGCCAGUGCUGUGCAAACAGCCUUUCCGUCAGCGAGUACUCCGGAA